GGGAGGCUUGGUGCCUUUCCCAGAGAGAGAGAGUCUUGGGUUCGAGUCUGUCCGGAGCCUCCUUUCGUGCAGCCAUGAAGCUCCUGGUUGUGCUCUUGGCUUUGACUGCGGUCACAGACAAUUGGAUGCAUUUCUGCCCACGAUGAGCAAGUUUUCUGAAGCUGUCACGGAAGAAGUCGACACUCUGUUUCCGCAACCGGCGUCUCACAGGACCCAUGGUGCACAGAUCUUCCGACGGCCAAGCAAAGCAAUUAUGUGACCCACACGUUCUGGUGAAAUGCCGAUGAGGCUUGAAAUUUCUCUCUGAGGGAUACGACGAUGGUCCUGAAUCCAUCUGUCAACCUUUUGCUUGUGAAACCCGGAGAUUGCUGUCACAGGACGUCCAACUCUUUGCUUGUCGCGCAAGUCAGAUGUUCCCGCCUCAAUAUCUUUGAACUUACUCGCCCAACGACGCACAGGACUCACAUCAACACAAUCCCCAUAAACAGCUUUCAUUCUCUGAGGAAUCUCCUUUGGGGAGGCCAAGCCGUGACCAUCAGAGAAGCCCCCAGCUCAGAGCCCAAGUUAAGACCGUUGAUCGAUAAAAUAUCCUCAGUUGGGAUAAAUGGUUUUUUUGUCGUGACGAGGAUUUUCAUGAAAAUCACCGAAUCUGAGCCUAUCAGGUCUGUCAACAAACAGCUGGAGAAAAUCUCCGAAAACCUCCAGGAGCAAGAGAGAGAGCUUCCUCCUGAGAUGAGGGAAGUGAAGGAGAUCUUGUCCAAUCUCUUUAACACCUUCAAGGAGAAGGCUUUUCUGGAUUUUCACGAGUGGAACAGACACCAUUAUAAGGAAAAAGAAGGCGUCAUGGAGGCACUGGCGUUGUACGUCGACCCAGUGGCCUCCAAGGCGUCUUGGUGCGUGGAGUGGCUGGAGGAGAACGUCAAGCCCAUGGUGAUCGAAAUGUUCCAGCCAUUCGAGAGACACCUGGAUGAGGCGCUGGAGUCCCUAGGAAGCACACUGAUCAAGAAGCUGCAAGAAAUUGGGGAAAUCCUCCGGACCCCGUUGGAUGAAGCAGCCAAGCAGCUCCGUCUGGGGAUGGAGACCCUCAACAAGCACUUGAAUCCCUACUGGAUCCCAUUCCUGAAAGAGUACAAGAAGUACGAGCCAGCGCUCAGAGAGUGGCUGGAAGCACCGUUGUUCCCCCCUCCGAAAGAGGACUAACGCCCAAAAGGAAAAUCCUAGGGGAAACUGGCCAGGAAGUGACCAUCGGGUCAAGCAAUAUGGCUGUCUCUGCAUCACAAAAUAAAUUUUCCCAUUUAUUCCGGAGGUUUUAAUACCUGUCAAAGUUUAUGAAAUGUGCUGCACUAUUCUGUACGCGUUAUGUCAGUUCUUUCUAGCAAUUACGCUGUCCUAUCGUCCACCUGGCCAGAUGAAUAAAACUUCUGUUACUGCCUUAAAA